GCCUGACAGGUCAACCAGGCUCCCAAGCAACGACGACGCAGUCAUGGCAUCCGCACAUCAUGCGCGGAAUAACAAGCAUUCCAAACCUCCACGUAACAAUGCCAGAAGUCUCAAACGAAAGCGGGACGAGGUUGACCUUGCAACCCUCGCGCAACGAGUUGACGAGCUCGAUGUGAAGGCUUCACCCGAAGCAUUUUCCGACCUACCUCUGUCAGAACCUACCCUGAACGGCCUAUCUGCGUCCCACUUCAAAUCCUUGACUGACAUCCAGGCCAAGGCGAUACCCCAUGCUCUCAAAGGACGAGAUAUUCUAGGCGCUGCGAAGACUGGCAGCGGGAAAACACUUGCGUUUCUCGUUCCGCUCUUGGAGCUGCUAUAUCGCAAACAAUGGACAGAAUAUGAUGGACUGGGAGCGUUGGUGCUGUCACCUACUCGCGAACUGGCGAUUCAGAUAUUUGAAGUGUUAAGGAAAAUUGGUCGUCAUCAUACCUUCUCUGCUGGCCUGGUAAUUGGCGGGAAAAGCCUACAGGAGGAACAAGAACGGUUGGGGAGGAUGAAUAUCUUGGUGUGCACACCGGGACGCAUGCUACAACAUAUGGAUCAGACGGCGGCUUUUGAUACGAACCAUAUUCAAUUGCUUGUGCUUGAUGAGGCGGACCGGAUAAUGGAUAUGGGAUUCCAGAGUACUGUAGACGCCAUCAUCGACCAUCUACCAAAAGAACGGCAAACGAUGCUAUUCAGUGCAACGCAGACAAAGAAAGUUUCGGACCUUGCUCGCUUGAGUCUGCGGAAUCCUGAAUACAUAUCAGUCCAUGAAACAGCCGCCAGCGCAACCCCGGCCAAAUUACAACAGAAUUACAUCGUCACCCCGCUUCCUGAGAAGUUGGAUACCCUAUGGAGCUUUAUACGGAGCAGUUUGAAGUCUAAAAUCAUGGUGUUUUUCUCGUCAGGGAAACAAGUUCGCUUUGUGUAUGAGUCCUUUAGACAUAUGCAACCUGGCAUCUCCCUUCUUCAUUUACACGGACGCCAGAAGCAAGGUGCUAGGGUAGACAUCACUAAGAAAUUUUCUGCGGCUAAGCAUGCGUGCCUGUUUUCCACAGAUAUUGCGGCGAGGGGCUUGGAUUUCCCAGCUGUCGACUGGGUUAUUCAAGUUGAUUGCCCAGAGGAUGCAGAUACAUAUAUCCACCGAGCGGGUCGAACUGCACGCUAUGAACGGAACGGGCGAGCUGUUCUAUUUCUAGAGCCCAGCGAGGAGGCAGGAAUGCUGAAGCGGUUGGAGCAGAAGAAAAUACCCAUCGAAAAAAUCAAUAUCCGUUCCAAGAAACAACAGAGCAUUAAAAACCAGUUACAGAACAUGUGUUUCAAGGAUCCAGCAUUGAAAUACCUCGGACAGAAAGCUUUUAUAUCUUACGUCAAAUCCAUUCAUGUGCAGAAGGAUAAGGAAGUGUUUGUUGUAAAGGGCUUGCCCCUGGAAGCAUACGCUGCAAGCUUGGGUCUGCCUGGUGCCCCACGCAUCAAGUUUAUUAAGGGUGAGGACUCGAAGAAACUGAAGAACGCUCCGAGAGGAUUAGCAGCGCUGUCAAGCGGGGAUGAUACAGAUACGGACGGUGAAGGCGCCAAGAAAAAGAAGGAAGAAACUGUCAGAACAAAAUAUGAUCGCAUGUUUGAACGACGAAACCAGGACAUAUUGACCGAGCAUUAUACGAAAUUGAUUAAUGAGGACGGCACCGCGAUUACUGGGGACGCGUCUGAUGAUUCCAAAGCAGACGCGGAUGAAGAUAAUGACUUCCUCUCUGUGAAGCGGCGGUUUGAUGCAGGCGACGACAACCUCGGCGAAGCGUCUGGUAACGACUCCGAUACAUCGGAACCUAAGAUCAGAGCAGUACAAUUACCUGGCAGCGAGCCACUUAUUAUAGAUUCGCACCGGCGAGAGAAACUUCUAAAAUCGAAAAAGAAGCUCCUCAAAUACAAGGGUAAAGGAUCGAAAUUGGUCUUCGAUGAAGAUGGGAACCCGCACGAAGUGUAUGAAAUGGAGGAUGAAGAUGACUUCAAACAGCGAGGCUCUGCAGACGCGCAACGGGCGAAGUUCCUCGAGCUCGAGGCCGAGAGGACUAGACUUGCAGAUAUCCGCGACAAAGAAAUUGCGAAACAAAAGAAACGAGAGAAAAAGGAGAAAAGAAAAGAAAGGGCGAGAGCCGAGAGAGAAGCAGCAGAUGCUGGGGCCGUUGCAGUGCUUGCUCCACCUGAUGAAGACUUUGAAGGAGACCACCUUAGCCAGUCUUCCGGCGACGAGCAUAUCUCCGAGGAGGCCCGUCCGAGUAAGAAGCAAAAGAAAUGGUUCCAGGACUCGUCUGGUGAUGAGCAAGAUAGGAAUGGCGGCAGCCGUUCUAAGCGCGGAAAGGCUGAGGCAACCGGCCCUGUUGAGGUUCAAACUUUGGAGGACCUGGAGACUCUUGCUGCGGGACUGCUAGGUUAAAUAGCGUGUGAUUUGCGUCUAGUUAAUUAAGCGAUAUGCGUAUAUGUAAAUACCUGUUCAUCCAGUUUAUUUUAUUUUAUUUUAUUUUAUUUUAUUUUAUUUUAUUUGUU